GAGCUCUGAUGUGCGUGACUAAGGAGAGAAGUCACUCGAAGGAGAGAAGGAGAGAAGAGAGAAGAAACCCGAAGCCCAGAAUUAGCUGUUUGUGAACUGCUGGAGUAAGUUUCAACGAGGUAAAAGGCGUGCUUCAAACCCCCCCGCUAGACCUCCCUCCUCCCGCAGCCUUCCCAAAAGCCUUCCCAAAAGCCUUCCCUCGCCGCGAUCGCACAGGGUGCGCAAGGUGCCGGCUCCUCUUUCAGCCCUCGGAGCGCCAGCACUGAGCAAGGGGCUGCCCUGGGCAGCCUUCCUCUUCCUUCUCCUCCUUCUCCUUUCCUCCUCCUCCUCCUCCCGCCCCUGCAGCGCUGCGGGUGGGGGUGCCGCCGCCUCCUCCUCCUCCUCCUCCUCCUCUUCUUCCUCCCCGGCCAUGGGGCUGCGCGCCGCCGGGCUCCUCGGCUGCUGUUGCUGCUGCUGCUGCCUGCUGCCCCUCGUCCUCCCCGCAGCCCCAGGCGUGAACUGUAAAACUGGCUGCCACCCAGUGAAUGGAUUUUGUGAAUUUCCCAGUGAAUGCAGGUGUCAGCCUGGUUGGCAAGGUGCUCUUUGUAAUCAGUGUGUUCCUUUCCCUGGGUGUUUGCACGGCAGCUGUGCCAAACCCUGGCAGUGCAUCUGUGAAGAGGGCUGGGUUGGCAGCCUCUGUGACAUAGAUAUUCACCCAUGUUCUGCAAAGCCCUGCAUCAAUAACUCAACAUGUAUAGAGACUGGUGAUGGAGGAUAUAUUUGUCUGUGUGCCCAGGGAUUUACAGGAAAAAACUGCCACCUCAAAAAAGGACCUUGCAUUAUUAAUGGCUCUCCCUGCCAGAAUGGAGGAACAUGCAUCGAUGACAAUGGUUUUGCACCCCAUGCUUCCUGUCUGUGCCCUUCUGGUUUUGCUGGCAACUUCUGUGAAAUAGAUAGAGAUGACUGUGAAUCCAACCCAUGUGAAAAUGGAGGAACAUGUACAGAUAUUGGUGCGGGUUUCAGCUGUUUUUGUCCCCAUGGCUAUACGGGAAAGCUCUGCAGCAGCCGUGUCAUAUUCUGUGCAAGUGGCCCAUGUGAGAAUGGAGGGACAUGCAGCGAACACCCACAGGGAGGAUUUGAAUGCAUCUGUAAGCCAGAAUUUGUUGGUGCAACCUGCAAACAUCCCAGCAAAAACACAAGUCUCUUUGGAGUGAAUACAGGCACAAAGCAUAUGCAGAAUUACAAGCUACCCCCAAAAGCUCAUCACAGAUCAGUGCAUCAUCAAGAACAGAUCCUGAAAAUAACAGUGAAAGAAACAAUCCAAAAUGCAGAUCCCUUGCUCAGUAAAAGCCAAGUGAUAUGUUUUGUUGUACUGGGCUUACUUACAUGUCUUGUUGUCUUGGGUACAACUGGGAUAGUAUUUUUUUCAAAAUGUGAAAUGUGGCUUGCUAAUGCCAAAUAUAGUCAUCUUCUACGCAAGAAAAAGAACUUUUUUCUGAAGUCUAGCAAUGGGGAAAACCUCUCUGUUAAUAUUAUCUUCCCAGAGAAGAUCAAAUUGACUAAUUACACUAAGAACUACACUGCCAUCUAGGUCCUUGAAAGCUUAAAAAACAACUUGCAACUUUUCAUAGCAAUAUGAAAAAGAGAUUGAACUUGUUACCUGUGGCUGGCCUCAAUAUUUGUGGGUACAUUUGGUGUAGCUUGUGCUGAGUGAUAAUGAAGAAAAUUUUAAUGUAUAUGUAUUGCUAAGGAUUUUUUCAUUCCCCCAAAUAAAUGUAAAAAAUAAUAAUUAAAAAAAAACAAACAAACUAAAGAUCAGGGAAUGUUAAUCUGAUUUACUUUCAAGGCAGCUAUUUUUUGUAAAAUAAAAUGUAAUUUACCACUGGAACUGUUUUGCAGCUUUCUUGCCUUGUGCUUAGUUUAUUUGGUAAAUAUA